AUGUACUCAUACGCUCCUCUUGGGGUUUCCUUCGCCUCUCCAAUUGCAACAUCAGUUGUGAGACCAGCUCCAGUCUCCUAUGUGUAGCCAGUCUCUUAUGCACAACCAGUCUCAUAUGCUUAACCAAUCACCUAUGCACAACCAGCUCCAGCAACAAUCAAGGGAGAAUCGAGAUACGAAUACGUCCCUUAUUAGAAAUCCGUAGUAGAAAUGGAGGAGGAAUAAAGAAUAGUGAAAGUGCCCAAAUAAAAGUGGGUGACAGACUAUUAUCCAGUUGAAUAUCAAAAGGAAUACGUCCCUUAGGUCACAUACGAAAAAUAGAUCGAUUAUGUUCCUGUCGAAAAAACUGUCCCAAGAGUGGACUACCUAGAAAGAGAAGUAAGAAGAAGCUCAUUCGUGGCUCCAAUCAAUACAGCUCCUCCUAUCCACUAUGCCUCUCCUCUUUCCUACAGUGUGGCUGCUCCCAUUGCCCCAGUCACUACCAGCUAUGUGGCACCUGCGUAUAGCACAGUCUAUAGAUAUUGAAUAUUAAGAAAUAUAAUAUGCCUGCAUUAUAAAUUAAUUCUAAUA